CAAACGUGAGACACGCACAACAUAACCUAUCACUGACUGCACUUUCAAGAUUUAAUGCAAUUUACUUCGUUAGAAUACGUUUCGUUAAAUACAGAAUACACGAUCCAAGUACCAAUUGCAUUCUUCUCUAAGAAUCAAUGACAAGUGCACAUGGCUUGAUAAAGUAUUUCGCAAAAAUGUGUCACAAAUUGAACCAUCGUUUCCCAAGCAACGAUGCAGCUGCAAUACCAUCUGCUAGGCUUCUGCUAGCUGUCUGCUAGAAGCGCGUAAUUUAAAUGGGGCUACUAUCAAUCUUAAGAAAACUGCGCUCGAAUCCUGACAAGGAACUGCGUUUGCUCCUGCUUGGUCUGGACAACGCUGGAAAAACGACCAUCCUGAAAUCCUUAGCCAGCGAGGACAUCACGCAGGUAACCCCGACUCAAGGCUUCAACAUAAAAAGCGUGCAAAGCGAGGGCUUCAAAUUGAACGUAUGGGACAUAGGGGGUGCUCGAAAGAUCCGCCCCUACUGGCGCAACUAUUUCGAGAACACCGACGUCCUGAUCUACGUUGUGGACAGCGCGGACAUAAAGAGACUGGAAGAGACCGGGCAAGAAUUAUCGGAGCUGUUGCUCGAGGAGAAGCUGCGCGGUGUGCCGUUACUGGUGUACGCCAACAAACAGGAUCUCGGGCAGGCAGUGACCGCGGCGGAAAUCGCGGAAGGCCUCGGACUGCACAACAUCAAGGACCGGGACUGGCAGAUCCAGUCUUGCAUCGCCACCGAGGGGAAAGGUGUCAAAGAAGGCCUGGAGUGGGCGUGCAAGAACAUCAAGAGGAAGUAACGCGGAGGGAAGGAUCUUCUAUUCCACGAUCAACGGGAGCGUUGGAUAAACAGGAGACAACCUCGCUAGACGCCUCCUGUACAACCAUAAUUACGUUUUAUUUGGCUUUUAUCUAAUAUUUACAGGAGCUGUUUGCUGACAGAUUGGCCGUUGACGAAUUCGAUACACGAUGGAGACGCGCGUGCGCGAUCGCACACUAGUCGUCGGACUUCCGUGCCCCUAAAUAAGAACACGCGUUUGAUGGCGUGCCUUACACGUUUCUCUCGUCGGACUUUUCUAGAUUCCUUUAGAGAAAAUAAAUAUAUAUUAUCUAUAUAUAUAUAUAUUUAUGUAUAUAUAUAUAGAGUGAGAGAGAGGGAGAG